AUGUUACAGGUCUUCCGAGAGUGGAAGAACGCCACCGAUCCCACGGAGAAGAGGUUUCUUUACGAGAUGCUCGAGAGCAUGCGUGCUGAUUUAGAGAUCGCGAGAUCAAAUGAAAUAGAAAUAAUUAUAAAAAUCCGCCCUCUCAAUCCACAAACGCACCGCCCUCUCAAUUCUGCCACCGCCGCCGCGAUAACUCAAUUGGAUUUCAGAAAUUCGGCUCCUCCUCCUGCUCCUCCGGUGGCACCGUCGUCAAAGUAUAACUCUUCGUCGGCGCACGACACGAAUUGCAACAGCACCACGACGGAGGAGUCUCAAGCGCUGCCACAGCAGCGGGAAGAAAGCGGCGGCGAUGUGGAUUUGGAGCUGUCGAUUGGGCUGCCUUCGCAGGCUAAGUAUAUGAAGAGUGCUUCUUUCAACUCGUCUUCGUCGGCCGAGUCGGAAUCGAUUCACAAUUUCUUGUGGCCUGCGGCGGAGGUGGUGGUGGCGCCGCCCUCCUCCAUGUGCGCAUGUCGGAGUCUGGGUUUUCAGAAGGGGCAGUUUGGUAAUUGCCAAUCUUGUAACGGAUUAUAUUGAUACUUAUCAUUUUUUAUAAUGAUUUUUUCAUAUUA